AUGAGGGAUUACUAUGAAGUCCUUGGGCUACACAAGAGUGCCUCGCAGGAUGACAUUAAGAAAUCCUACCACCAACUGGCACUCAAAUGGCAUCCUGACAAGAAUCCCAGCAACCAGGUGAAAGCUGAAAAGAAAUUCAAAGAAAUUGCUGAGGCAUACAAGAUUUUGUCUGACCCUCAGAAACGACUGGACUACGACAGGUCUGUUCAGGAGAGCUCUGAUUCCUUCGAUGUGUUCUAUGAAGUCUUUGAAGAGAUGGAACUUCAUGUACGUUUUCUCUACGACCACUUCAAUGUGAGAAACGAUGGUAGAAACUGGUGGCAGAGAAUUGAGAGAAGCUUCCAGAUGCCUGCUGACUUUAUGGAGCCAUUCACUCCACAGAAUUCAUUCAGACCCAGCAAGCAGUCCACCUCUUCCUUUGCUGAGGAUACAGCUGGGCCACACAGAGUCAGAUCAGUGUCAACCUCUACUGAAGAAAUCAGUGGCAAGAAGUUCACCAACAAGAAAAUCAUUGAGAACAGGCAGGAGAGAAUGGAAUCAGAAGAUGGCCAGCUGAGGUCCACAACAAUAAAUGGCAGAGACCACCUGAAAUGA